UUCUGGUACAUCGUCGAAUUUCAUUUUCCUGAUCGUGUUAUGCGUCAAUUUGGGAUGAGGCAGGACAUUCCGGAACCAGUUGACACUAAUCGGGGUGGUUUACACCAAUUGGAUAUUUCUGGUUAUCCGGGAAGAAAUUGGGCUGAUUUUCAUAAGGGUUGGAUAGCAUACUGGAAUGCGCGUGCAACUGCAGAGGUACCUGGUGUGCCCAUAGAUACAUUCAGGCCUUCCAAUAAGUAUCUCGAGUGGUAUCAUAAUCACACCAUUCUGUACAUUACGCCUCCUAUCCAGCAGCAUGCACAAUAUGGGCAAAUGUUGCAUGGAGUUUCUGGCCAGUUUGAGUAUUUGAUGGGUACUAUGCAGCACGUUGGCCAGCAAUCGCAUGAUGCACUACAGCUUGAGGACACUAACGGUCGCUUUCAUUCCCAUUAUGCAACCAUUGUUGAUAGAGCAUAUGGAUCAAUGCAAUACCUCCAACGUUUUGAUCGCAUGGUUGUUGGUGAUUUUAAUUCUUUCGGUCAUAAUCCUCCUGUGUCACAAGAAAUUCCACAGCCCAAUCGUGUGCGACGUGUCCCUACACAAGGUGGACCAUCAUCUAGCAGAAGUCGACGGCACAGGCAUGGCUUGCAAGACGAAGUCAUCGGGGAGCAGACCAUUCAGCACACCGAGGUGCCGGAUAUCAAUGCUAUGCCAACUACACAGAAUAUAUCGGUUUUUAGCCCUCAGGUGACAUCUUUCCCGUACUCAUCGCAUAUUGGUGUAGAUGCCACGCCUUUGCCACAGUUUCCACCUUUUGGUGCACAUCCCACGCCCUCUUCAUAUUGUCCUGGGUUCGGUGGACAAUAUCCAUCCUCAUCGCACGAGCCUCCAGUUGGAGACACUACCACUGCAGCGGUGUCAUCUUCUGCUUCUGAACUGCAUCCAAUAUUCAGUCUUCUUAGUGGAGUGGGUGGUACAUCUCCUGUUUUAGACCUUCCUGAUUAUUAUAGUCUUGGACAGCCUAUGACCGUACCUACGUCGAUCCAGCCAGUAUGUACUACUGGAUACGGUCAUUCGGGAGAUUUUGUCACGUAUCGCUCUCAGAACGAUUGUGAUAGCAGUACGACUGCAGACUCGGUUGAGGAGGAGGAUGCAGGACUUGAUGAUGCUUCCAUAGAUGUUGCCCCUCCAAUUGAUGCACAACAGGAGGCAAUAAUUCUGCGUGAACGUUGCAGACGACGGCCCAAAAGAUUUUGCUGUCCGUCCACAACACCAGGUGAUAAAGGCAAGGGCAAAAGGCGCACCGGGCGUUGAUGUGAUCAUUUUCAGUACAUGUUUGUUA